AUUGGACGGAGGAAGUAUUUUUAAGCAUGGGUCAUGGCUCAGAAAUUUAGUGCAAAUUGGGUCUGCACUGCGAUCUGAGAUCAAUAAUUCAAUUGGUAGUAUUUGCUUGAAGCGCGCAUCAUCUGAAUCGUAGAGCUAAACAACACCUUAACAGCAAAAAGUUGUCUAUUGACAAAAGUACCAAAAUGUUCUGCCAUUCUCCCUCAUUUCUUGCUGCUAUAUCCUCAAUUCUGUUUAUCGCGAUCAUCCUUAAAUGGUUCUCUCACACCAAGAAAACGUUGCCUCCUUCUCCAUGGAAGCUUCCGAUUAUUGGAAAUCUUCAUCAACUUGGCCUUUACCCACACCGCUCCCUCCAAAUGCUGUCCAAAAAAUACGGUCACUUCAUACAGCUUCAACUAGGCACAAUUCCAGCACUUGUUGUUACCUCAGCCAAUGUAGCUCAAGAAAUACUGAAAAAUCAUGACUUGGUUUUCGCAAACAGGCCUAAAACAACCUUCCAUGACAAACUACUUUACGGUUCAAAAGAUAUGGCGUUCAGUAAAUAUGGUGAGUAUUGGAGGCAAGUGAGAGGCGUUUGUGUGCAUCAACUUUUGAGUAACACUAGAGUCCAAUCAUUUGGUACAGUACGAGAAGAAGAGACGUUGUUAAUGAUUAAGAAGAUUAGAGAUUUAAGCUCUGUUUCACUGCCUUCAGAGUUCAAUUUGAGCGAUAUUUUGAGGUCAUUGACAAGUGAUGUGUUCUGUAGGAUAGCUUUAGGUAAGAAGUAUUCUGAUGGCGAAAUCGGGAAGAGAUUUAAGUUUCUGCUGAAGGAGGCCGUUGGGUUAUUAGGCGCAUUCAACGUGGGGAGUUACAUUCCAUGGCUCCGAUGGGUGAAUCGUUUCAAUGGAUUGAAUAAAAGAGUAGAAUUAGUGGCUAACGAAUUUGAUGAAUUCCUGCAAGGUAUGGUUGAACAGCACAUAAACGAACGCAAAGGCGGUGAAGCUGAGAUUGCAGAUUUUGUGGAUAUUUUACUUGAAGAAUUUCAUAGACAAGACAAUGCUGACUUAUCCAAUCAUACUGACACGGUCAAGGCUCUCAUCUUGGAUAUGUUUGUAGGUGGAAGUGACACGACAUUUGCUCUUCUUGAACGGUCAAUGACAGAACUGUUAAGAAAUCCCAAAACCUUGGAGAAAUUGCAAAAUGAGGCAAGAGAAAUAGCCCAAGGAAACUCUUGUAUAACAGAGGAUGAUGUACCAAAAAUGCCGUAUCUGAAAGCAGUGAUCAAAGAGAGCCUACGACUACAUCCUCCAAUCCCAUUAAUCCCCCGCGAAUCAAGUCAAGAUAUCAAAGUGAUGGGAUAUAAUGUGGCAGCAAAUACACAAGUUUAUUUUAAUGUUUGGGCACUUGGAAGAGACCCCUCGUUGUGGGAAAAUCCUGAAGAGUUUCAGCCUGAGAGGUUCUUCGGCACAAACAUUGAUGUCAAAGGAUUUAAUUUUGAGCUUAUUCCAUUUGGUUCAGGGCGAAGGGGAUGCCCAGGAUCCCAAUUCGCCCUCGCUGUUAAUGAACUUGCAUUAGCAAAUUUGGUGUUGAACUUUAACUUUGCAUUGCCUGAUAGACCAAAUACGAAGGAUCUGGAUAUCGUGGAAUCGACUGGCCUGGCUGUGCAUAAGAAAUAUCCUUUGGUUGUUCUUGCGAUUCAUUGUCCUUGAUAACGUCUUUUUCGUUCAAUUACUCUUACUAUUAUCAAUUUACAAGUUUCCAUACUUGUGUAACUUGCCCGGUAACUUUUUUCCUUCAAAAGAAAAAGAAAUCUGUUGAAUUUGGAUUAGUUUCUU